AUGAAGGUCAUAAGCAUUAUUCCCAUUCACCUGUUCCUGUUCCUGCACUGCACACAUGCUACAUUUCUGCCCAAAGAUGACGCUCCUGAUACUCCCAGAGACGUUCACAACAUCUCCCCCAACAAUAGCAUCAGAUGGACCCGGUGCAACCUGCGCCUACUUAACUACAAGGAUGUGGAAUAUAGCGACGAUGUGGAAGAUUCCAAGAAUCUGGAAGAUUACGGGGAUCUGGAAAAUAACGAGGCAUUCGAGUGCGGUAAUCUCACUGUUCCUCUCGACUAUACAGGCAAAUACAGCAGCAACACUACGACCUUGAAUUUAAUCAAGCUCAAAGCGACCGAGAAAUCGCCCAAAGGCAGCAUCAUCCUCAACUUUGGUGGUCCAGGUGCUUCCGGAAUCGACGACUUGAGAGCUUACACCCGCGAGGAUGCCAGCAGGCUUGUUGGCGGACAAUACGACUUAAUCAGUUUUGAUCCACGUGGUACUGGUAAGACAUUGGUGCCGCCCAGUGGUGAAGGAUUUCCGUCGCAAAUGCUCAAAGAGCUCUUUUACGCCUUUCAGAACUCGUCAGAUUUCGAGACCGGACAGUCACUCAGGGAUGCUUGGGAUUAUGUGAGCACCUUCACGGAAUCUUUCCUUGCAAAGGACACGGAUCUUAGGAGGUUCCGUGGCACUGCAUUCGUCGCCAGAGAUAUCGCUGAAAUUGCCACGGCAUUAGGUGAAGGCAACCGCAUCAACUACUGGGGUAUGUCGUACGGCACGGUCCUAGGUCAGGUUCUGGCUAGUAUGUUUCCUGACCGUAUUGAACGCAUGCUUCUCGAAGGCAACCUGCUCGCCGACGACUAUGUUAAGAACCUCGGCGCCCACGCGACCCAAGAUGCCGGGAAGGCCUUGUAUCAUUUCUACGACUUGUGCAUGGCAGCUCCAAAUAAUACAUGUCACUCGGCUACCAAGCUUCCCAAAAACCGAGAUGAAUUCCUCAAGGUCCUCGAUCGUGUUUUCAUGGUUUGCACAGGAGUUGGGGGUGGUUUACGCCGCUUUAAAUCACUCCCCCUGAAUGCCUGGUUUUUCUUAUCUCUCUACGGUCUUCAAGGUUACUACAUGAUGGAUGAACUGAUCGCUACCGCUUUGGACGGCAAUCGUUCGAAUUGCCCCCAGGUUGAUCUUGAUCCCCUCGCAAAAUCAGCAACUCCAUGGAACCCCCAAUUCGAACUUGCCCAUCUAUCGACCUGGUGCAGUGAUACAACUUUCCGUCCUGAAACUGUUGAGGAACUUCUCAAAUUUCCUCCUUUACACGAAGGCGAUCAGGCCCUUGAUAACCCUUUCUACCUCACGGCCCUGCUCCCUCGCUUGGUGUGUUCUCAGUGGAUACACGCAGCUGAGCCGAUAAAUCUUACAAGCCUUUCAAGAGUCGAGACAAAGAACCCAAUCCUUCUCAUCAACGGAAAAUACGAUCCGAUCACUCCCCUGGGUCAUGCCCGGAAGAUAUCUGCGCGAUUUCCUGGGAGCCAGCUUGUUGUUGGUGGAGGUGUUGGUCAUGCCUCUAGCGUCAGCCCCUAUGGAUGCCCUCGCAUCGGGGAGAUUGUAAGGAGAUAUUUCACCACUGGAGAGCUACCUCUACCAAAGACCACCUGCGAGCCAGGCCUUAAUGCCUUUGAGGUUAUCGAAAGCAUGCGGGGGAAAGGGCCAGAGCCCACCGGAAAACGUAAGAUUCCGAUUCUCCUGUAG